ACUUAUUUUCGGCAUAAACCUAGUUUCCGUUUCGAAAUAUUCUGAAAAUGUCUCUGUGGGUAGACCGAUACCGUCCGCGUGAGCUGGGCAAGCUGGACUACCACAAAACGCAAGCCUCGCAAUUGAUCAACCUUUGCGCGCAAGGCGAUUUCCCCCAUCUGAUGUUUUACGGGCCGUCCGGUGCUGGUAAGAAAACAAGAAUCAUGUGUCUCUUGCGGGAACUGUACGGUACUGGAGUUGAACGAUUGCGAAAUGAGGUCAUGAACUUCACGACGCCCUCGAAUCGAAAGGUGGACAUCAUGACGGUCAGCAGCAACUAUCACAUCGAGGUAAAUCCAUCGGAUGCCGGUAUUUACGAUCGUGUCGUCAUAACCGACAUGAUCAAGCAGAUUGCACAAACCCAGCAGAUUGAUCCGAGCGGUCAGCGCGAGUUUAAAACCAUUGUCCUGUCGGAAGUUGAUGAUUUGACCAAAGAUGCCCAACAUGCUUUGCGAAGAACUAUGGAAAAAUAUGUGGCCACUUGUCGGUUGAUUUUGUGCGUCAACUCAACGUCUCGGGUUAUUCCGGCCGUCAAAAGUCGAUGCUUGGGCAUUCGAGUGUCCGCUCCCACUAACGAACAGAUCGUUGGAAUUCUGAAUGCCAUUUGUAAGAAGGAAAACCUUCACAUUCCAUCGGAGAUGGCAACAAAAAUAGCGGAGAAAUCGGAUCGCAAUCUCCGGCGAGCGAUCUUAAUGUUGGAGGCUUGUAAGGUACAGCAGUACCCGUUCACAGUAAACCAGGACGUGCCGGAAAUCGACUGGCAAGUUUUCCUAAAGGAAACAGCCAAUCAGAUCAUUCAAGAGCAAAGCCCGCAAAAGCUGGAAGCCGUUCGAGAGCGUCUGUACGAGCUCCUUUCGCAGGGUGUUCCGGCGGACAUCAUUUUUCGCGGUUUAGUAGAAAAUCUGGUGAAGAAUUGUGACAUGAGCAUUAAAACGCAAACGCUAAACUACGCCGGACUGUACGAGCAUCGGAUGCAACAGGGAAGCAAACACAUUUUCCACCUGGAGGCAUUCGUUGCGCAGUUUAUGGCCCUGUACAAGCGUUUCCUCAAUCAGGCUUCCGUGAUGGAUUUGGAUGACUUUUAAGUACUGCAAGGUAAAUUAGCCAGUUGUAAAACUAAACUAUAUGUUAGAUAUCGCGAACUUGGAUU